UCAGUACCUUUCUCGUUACUCCUACUCCGGUGUACCUGUAAGAGAGUUUAAUUGAGGUUUAAGUAAAGAACUAAUUCGCACCGAUUUUAUUUCUCAUUCUUCCCAAAACCCGCGAAAGUACACGCAUUCGAAUCGGAAGCAAACUAAGUCGGCGGAGAAAGUGAGGGCAAUCGCCGGAAAAGGGAUCAGAAGAGCGCAAGACGCAGCAAAAAAAUGGAUCGGAUCGCCGCAGCGAACGAACUUUCAUUUCGGGUCGGGUUCUCCGGUCACAGUGGUCACCUCAGAGUCGAGCCCCUCCCGCCGGUCGAACGCUCCGACAGUGUCAAGUCACUCCCUGACUUCAUACUUCCACCUGCAUUUGCUAGAGAAACACCUACCUCAAUAAAAGAGUAUAUAGAGGAGAAAUAUCUACUGCCGAGAUUGGACACUGACGAGUUUUCUCCAGAAAAAGCAGGAAGACAAUGGGAAUUUGACUGGUUUGAUAAAGCGAAAAUUAACCUAGAGCCUUCAUUGCCCCGGUCUGUUGUGGUUCCGAAAUGGGAAUUACCUUUCAGACGCCCAAAGAGGGGUCCAGAGAAAGAAAUAUGGGAACCGAUCUCAGUGCAGGUGGAUGUAUCAGAACUUAUGGCUGGGGCUGAGAAUUCUGGUGCUCUGCCACGCAUUGCUGGACCUGCAAAGGAUUUUGUAAAAGGAAGCCUCAAUAGCCGUCCUUUUCGUCCAGGGGGUUUGGAUGAUUCUCAAUCUUCAGAAAGGAUUCUUCCUGUUGGUAUGUCUAAUGGUGAAUGGGUACGGGAGGUGCUUAAUGGUGGUCCUGCUCAGGCGAUUCCUCCUAGCUUUAAACAAGGAUUGGAUCUUGGUGAUAUUAAAGCAUAUUCAUCUUCAUGGAAUGUGUACGAGGAUCAAAUUUCAGUCAAUCGCACACCAGAUGAAAAGGUGGCUGAGCUUUCUGUGCAGUUUGAUGACUUGUUUAAGAAAGCUUGGGAGGAGGAUGUCACAGAAUUUUCGGGAGAUGUGGAAGCUGAAGUUAAUGAUGUGGAGCUUGUGAAGUCAGAAUCUCUACCCUUGGAUGCUGAAGUGAAUAAGGUGGAUGUGGCUGGUGGUGUUUUUGACACUCAAUCAGCCGUGUUGGAUGAGAUUUUAUCAGUUGAAUCAAGGGGAUCAUCUUCAAGAUUGGAUGGAAGUAGUGAUGGUGGCGGACAGCAGCAAAAAGAGUUUUGGGCUGUUAGCGGAGGUAGUGAAGGGAUUGCAGAUCGCUUUCAUGAGCUUGUUCCUGACAUGGCACUGGACUUUCCUUUCGAAUUGGAUACAUUCCAAAAGGAGGCUAUCUAUUACCUUGAAAAGGGGGAAUCUGUUUUUGUGGCAGCUCAUACGUCAGCUGGGAAAACAGUUGUUGCAGAGUAUGCAUUUGCCCUGUCAUCAAAACACUGUACUAGAGCAGUAUAUACUGCUCCCAUUAAAACCAUCAGCAACCAAAAGUACAGGGAUUUUUGUGGGAAAUUUGAUGUUGGCCUCCUCACUGGAGAUGUUAGCUUGAGGCCAGAGGCUUCUUGUCUCAUCAUGACCACUGAGAUACUAAGGUCAAUGCUCUAUAAGGGUGCUGAUAUCAUACGUGACAUUGAAUGGGUUAUAUUUGAUGAAGUGCAUUACGUGAAUGAUGUUGAAAGAGGUGUUGUUUGGGAAGAAGUUAUUAUCAUGCUUCCGAGGCAUAUUAAUAUUAUCCUCCUUUCUGCCACGGUGCCAAACACAAUUGAAUUUGCUGAUUGGAUUGGUCGAACGAAGCAAAAGAAAAUUCGUGUAACCGGGACGACAAAAAGACCAGUCCCGUUGGAGCACUGCAUUUUUUAUUCUGGAGAACUCUACAAAAUCUGUGAAAGUGAAAUCUUUAUGUCUCAGGGAUUUAAAGCUGCCAAAGAUGCAUACAAGAAAAAGAAUUUGAGUACAGUCGGUCGUGGUACUGGAAUGUAUCUGGGGUCUUCAGCAGCCCAUGAUGGGGCUCGAGCUCAAAAACAUGAUAAUUCAAUGCGUGGUAAACAGAAUAAGCAUUCUGGAUCCCAGAAUUUGGGGAACAUUUCUCGGGCUGGUUGGGGGAAGCAAAACAACGGUGGUAACCAGAGCAGUUGGGGGUCAAGGAGAUCAGAAGCUUCAUUGUGGUUGUUGCUUAUUAAUAAGCUUGAAAAGAAGUCACUAUUACCUGUGGUUAUAUUUUGUUUCUCAAAGAACCGUUGUGACAAAUCAGCUGAUAAUAUGACUGGGACCGACCUCACAAGUAGUUCUGAGAAAAGUGAAAUUCGUGUCUUCUGUGACAAAGCAUUUUCACGGCUGAAGGGAUCUGACAGGAACCUACCACAGGUGGUCAGAGUUCAAAACCUUCUUCGUAGAGGAAUUGGGGUGCAUCAUGCGGGACUGCUUCCAAUUGUCAAAGAAGUUGUUGAAAUGCUUUUUUGCCGUGGUGUGAUUAAGGUAUUAUUUUCAACAGAAACAUUUGCAAUGGGAGUUAAUGCACCAGCUAGGACGGUUGUUUUUGAUACGCUUAGGAAGUUUGAUGGCAAGGAAUUUAGACAGUUACUUCCUGGAGAAUACACUCAAAUGGCUGGUCGUGCUGGCAGGAGAGGACUUGAUAAAAUUGGUACAGUUGUUGUAAUGUGUCGUGAUGAAUUCCCAGAAGAGGGGGAUUUGAAGAAUACCAUAGUUGGUAGUGCAACCAGGCUUGAAUCUCAGUUUCGACUGACCUAUAUCAUGAUCCUGCAUCUCCUUCGUGUUGAAGAAUUGAAGGUGGAGGACAUGUUGAAAAGAAGUUUUGCAGAAUUUCAUGCUCAGAAGAAUCUUCCAGAAACACAGCAACUUCUGAUGCGAAAGCUUGCGCAGCCUACAAAAGCUAUUGAAUGUAUAAAGGGUGAACCAACAAUUGAGGAAUAUUAUGAGAUGUUCCUGGAGGCUGAGAAAUAUAGCAAGAAUAUAACGGAGGCGGUCAUGCAGUCAGGGGCUUCCCAACAUUUUCUUACUCCUGGAAGAGUAGUAGUCGUGAAGUCACAGUCAGCCCAGGACCACUUACUUGGAGUCGUUUUGAAAGCUCCUUCCAGUAAUAUUAAACAAUAUAUAGUAUUAGUGCUGACUCCUGAAUUACCAGCAACAUUGGAAACUCCUUUGUCGAGUGGUUUUUCACAAGAUAAAGAAAGCGUCAAUUUCCAGAUAUUGAUGCCAAAAUCGAAACGUGGUUUGGAUGAUGAAUAUUGUUCUUCUCUCACUUCGAAAAAAGGCUCAGGUAAUAUCAACAUAACGUUACCUCACCGUGGUAGUUCUGCUGGGGUGAAUUAUGAGGUUCGAGGAAUCGAUAAUAAGGAGUUCCUAUCUAUAUGCAAUUGCAAAAUAAAGAUUGACCAAGUUCGGCUUCUUGAAGUCGUGAGCAGUGCUGCUUAUUCCAAAACUGUUCAAGAGCUAUUGGGUUUGAAAUCUGAUGGAAAUAAAUACCCUCCAGCAUUAGAUCCAUUGAAAGAUCUGAAGCUGAAUAACAUGGAUCUUGUGGAUUCUUACUACAAGUGGAAUAGUCUAUUGCAAAAUAUGUCCCAAAAUAAGUGUCAUGGCUGUGUUAAACUGGAGGAGCACAUUAAGUUAGCGAAAGAGGUAAAGAAGCACAAAGAAGAAGUUAAUGCUCUUAAGUUUCAAAUGUCAGAUAAAGCCCUUCAGCAGAUGCCGGACUUUCUGGGUCGGAUAAACGUUUUGAAGGAAAUUGGCUGUGUGGAUGCUGACCUUGUAGUCCAGGUCAAGGGGCGUGUAGCUUGUGAGAUGAAUUCUGGGGAGGAGUUGAUAUGCACAGAGUGCUUGUUUGAGAAUCAACUGGAUGAACUGGAACCAGAAGAAGCGGUAGCAAUAAUGUCUGCCCUUGUGUUUCAGCAGAAGAACACUUCAGAACCUUCUUUUACUCCCAAGCUAUUAGAGGCUAAACAGAGAUUGUACAACACGGCCAUAAGACUCGCGGAGCUUCAAGCACAGUUCAACCUACAGAUUGACCCUGAAGAGUAUGCUCGAGACAAUCUCAAGUUUGGUCUUGUUGAAGUGGUGUACGAAUGGGCAAAGGGAACUCCAUUUGCAGAUAUAUGUGAGCUUACAGAUGUUCCUGAAGGUCUGAUAGUGAGGACCAUUGUCAGACUGGAUGAGACAUGCCGUGAAUUUAGAAAUGCUGCAGCAAUUAUGGGUAAUACUGCACUGUACAAGAAGAUGGAAUCGGCCUCGAACGCUAUAAAGCGUGAUAUUGUUUUCGCAGCUAGCUUGUACAUUACUGGGGUGUAGUUUAUCGUAGCCUGAAGGCAUUUGCCUGCCUUUCCUUCUUGAUGUACAGUGAGGGAUUUGGAGGAAGAAAAGAGAUAAACUUGUUGUAUGACAAUCAAUAGCCUACUCAAUUUCCGGGAAAAAAAACGAUAAUAAUAAAUCAAUAGCAUGCUCUUUAGCAAUGUCUCUUGGAUGAUCUGUAUACUAUACACGGACUAUUCACUGGUUAAUUUUUAUUUAUUUAUUU